AUGAAUAUUCGAAUUCAAGCCCCUCCCUCAUCUUCUGCAUUUCGUCUUCCUCCGCUCUCCUCCAGUCCUUCGCGUUCUAACAAAGCCCCUCUGCUGUUGGCACGGGCGAUAUGGUGUUCUUCUUCUUGUUCCGCCAGAUGCUACUUGAGAUGGUCUGAUGAGGCAUCAUCUUUAUUGUCGAAGGGAACAAUCAGCAGGUGUUCAUCAGGGUUGGGAGCAUUGGUGACUUCUAGACCUCAAGAUGCACCCACUAGGCCACCUGUUGGUGACGAUAAAAUAGGAGUAUUGUUGCUGAACCUUGGAGGUCCAGAGACUCUUGAAGAUGUGCAGCCCUUCUUGUUCAACCUUUUUGCUGAUCCGGAUAUUAUUCGACUGCCAAGAUCGUUUGCUUUUCUGCAAAAGCCAUUGGCGCAAUUCAUAUCUUCUGCCAGAGCACCAAAGAGUAAGGAAGGGUACGCUUCAAUUGGUGGUGGUUCUCCUCUUCGACGGAUAACUGAUGCACAGGCAUGGCUUAUGGCAUAG